GGACUGGCCUGUUGUUGCAGCUCUGCCUGAGCGCGUGCAGGUUUUCCUACCCAGCGCUCAGGUCUGAACUUCAUGCCUCGCUGAGCUAUUUUAAAAGCAGCCGACUGCAGAGCGGAGGUAAUGUAAUGCCGCUCAAUUAUUUACUACCAAUUAUACUCGCAUCAUGAAUAAUGCAGAAAACAAAACGUAAAGCAUGAAUUGGCUCAAAUUUGUACAUCUUGAAAACAUAUCACUGCAUUUAUACUAAUAUUAUAUAUACUAUACUCUCUUUCUUCCUUUGACUUUAUAGAAGCCAGCAACUCUACAGUUCCUCUAAUAUUUCUAAAUAGCACAGUAUUCUAGCUCUAUGUAUUAGCUCCAUCCCAAACACAGACAGUAAUUACUGUAAAUACCGCUGCAUUAAUAAUCCUUGUAUCACUGACCUGCAGUAGCCGGGCCCAGUUCAUAUUAUCAGGAGUCCCAUGGCCCAUUGCCCUCACACGUGUCAGCCAAGGUCCUCUGCAGCAAGUGAACGCUGAGAACAGAGGCAGGCACCUAAAGGCAUAAUUCAUCACAUGCUCCUCCUACAACACUUACCUUGCGUGUCAGGCUGACGAGGGAGAAGCCAGAGGUCCAACAGGUUUACGUGCAUGUUUGAUAACAGCGUACGAAUAAAACAAUGAGCCCUCUCAGGCUUAUGCUGCGUACAUGUCUCGCCUCUUAAGUACACAGUGCCGGAUUAAUGUGGCGGCGCUAACGCACGUACGCGCUUUUAUUAUGCUCUCCCGACACCUGCUUUUCACUGUUUCUGACUUUUUAUCUGCUGUCUCUUGCCCUCGGGUUCAGUUCUGUCCAUUUAGAUACAGCUUUAGACAGGAGGGCUUAAGAAUCACAUCAAUCACAGUUCACAAUGAUAAAUGUGCGUGGAUUCAUAUACAUUUGCAGAGUAAACAUUAGUGAAUCACUUGAGGAUAUUUACUCAAGGUCAAUUCAGAGUAAUAAAAUUGUUUUAUUUAUAUAUUUAAAAUAACAUGUAGCUCUGUAGAUUAAGUAGCAACUAUCAACCAGUGCAUUACUUAUAACAGCACAUUAUGUAAUUGAAGUGUUCCUCAUCUAAAGUAGCUGCAGUCAUCAUGUAUUUCUUAACUAACAGGACACACAUUAAGGCCUAUAACUAAUGGAACAAAGGUCCGUUGGACUCUAAUGCCACUAAGUAGAAAGUGCACCUGAGCGCCCCCUAUUGACGGAGCAGAGUGACGCAUAGAGCAGCAUGAUUGCAGUGUUUCAACGUUUACGUAACUACAGUAAAACCGCUGUAAAUGUACCUCCGAAGCUUUUUAAUUGAAUCCAAAUGAAGAUGUUCACAUAUACACAUAGACAAUAUGAAUGAUUUUAUUUUUUGGUUAAACUCAUUGAGAUGCGACGUAAAACUCUUUUUGGCGCUACUGGACAAAACGCGAAUGAUUGGGUGUUAAAUGGAAAGUGUGGGAGUUGCGUAACGGCUCACUUCUCUCUCGUGGCGAGCUUUUUCCUCUACGGUAGACCUCUGAGGGCUUUGUGCGAGCGGAUUGGCUGCUGCGCUCCGCCAGCUGAGCGGAUGUGGAGGAUCUUUAUAAUAAAGCAGCGUCCCGCAUCUGCGCUCGAAAAGGCGCUCUGAGCCGCACACAGACGGGAACGUGGUGCUGCUUCAUUUCCCUGCUUCAGCAUGUCCUCAGACAUUAACACAGCGCUGGACGCCGAGCUGGGCGAGCUGCUGCAGGAGUUCCAGGAUGUGGUGGAGGAGCUGAAGGCCCCGUCUCAGAGCAAACCUCACGCCUACCAGCACGUGCUGCAGGAAGCCAAGAGCCGCACGGGGCUGGGAGACGACAGCGGAGUGGAGGACUCGGAUUACAGCAGCGAGGCCUCUCUGGGAAACAGCUUGAACACCAGCGAGGAAGAGCUUCACACAGCAGGCGUAAAGCUGGCACCGAAAGCCAAGCUGGGAGACACGAGGGAACUGGAUAGUUUCAUCGACGCGUUGGACCGGGAGCUUGCUGAGAUGUGAACAGAGGGAGGAAAGGGGGAAAAAAAAAGCAGAGUGCGCCACAUCGAAGGGGGAGAAACAGGCUGCGGGCGAAAUGGCUGGCUACCGUCGAGCAGACAGGCAGAUCUACACCAGAGCAGAUCUGAGGGAGCGAACGUUCCCCGCGCUGCUCCGGGCGCGGCGAAAAAAAGGCCUAACAUCUGAAAAUUAAAAGGGCACUCCAUUCCAAAGCGCGGGAACAUCCUCAGACCCCUGGCAACGCCGCGUCCGGUCGGCACGGCAACGUCCCCGCGGCGUCGGAUCCCAGAUGUACGACAUGUUCUCCGAGCUAGACACGGCAUCCGUCUGUCUGGAUGUGAGCGAAAACACGGCCUAGAGUGUGGAAAGUGGGCUUUUAUCACAUUUGGAAUUUCCAUACGAACUGCGCCAGUAACGGGCUGUAAAUCAUCACUGCCAUAUUUUAUAACACGGACUGAUACUUAUCUGUAGUUCAAAAUUACAAAUGGCACUCAUUUCUGCUCCAGGGGUUCAGAUCUGCUGUAUAUAAUAAUGUACAGUUCUUAUUCAUUUUCAUUUUUAUAUAAAUUGUUAUACAGAUGAAUGCACAUGAAAAUAAAGGUAAUUUUUCAUCAUA